AUGCGCCUCGAGCGGGGGACGACUGGUGCCGCGGACUGUCGGACGGCCUCCACGGGGAUGCGCUCACUCAUCCGCCGCACAGGUAUCCGCGCAGCUGACCACAGGGCCUACUUCCGCUGCUCGAGCUUCUCGCUCGCAGGAAUUUAUUUCUGCCCGGGGACCUCCCGAUUUGACGAAGAGAAAGGGCGGUGUGAGGAGGGGAGGGAGGAACCCGAAAGUGCAGCUGCUGCGGAGGAGGAGGCAGGGGCGGAGUUGAAUGCGCUGUUGGCGUUGAAGGCGGCGGUGAUCGACUUUCAGAACGCGCUGCGCUCGUGGGUCGUGCCUCGCCACGCCGCCAACUCCUCUCUCUCCCCCGACGCCUUCUUCUGCCGCUGGCGCUUCGUCUCCUGCUCCUCCCCUCCCCCGCCCAAAGCCGCAGCGGCGGGAGCAGUGGCGGGAGCGGUCGUUUCUCGGAGAGUGAUUGCGUUGCAGAUCCUGGAACCUGGAUCUAGUUCCGAUGGCUGGACAGCUGAUAUAGGAGUCCUCUUGUCUUCCACACCAAAUGUCACAACUGCCAUUGCCACGAGCAUGCGUGACGGUGGCAGCAGCAGCAGUGACAGCACGGCCAUCCCUCCUCUUCUACCGCAGGAGUUCUCAUCCCUCACCGCCCUACAGAAUCUCACGAUCAAGAACGUUCCAAUUUACCAAGGCAUAGCCGGCCUGGUUGGGGCGUUCCCAACCCAGCUCUCCGCGUGCCCGUCUCUGCGCAAACUCGAGCUGGCAUUUCACCGAAUAAUCGGAGGGAUACCCGACAGCAUAUCGCAGUUCAAGUCCCUUAAAGAGCUGAAUUUGGGAUACAAUUACAUUACCGGCAUUCUUCCUACAGCCCUCUUUUCUCUUUCCAAUCUCGAGUCAUUACAGCUCUCUUCAAAUGCCAUCUCCGGGCCGAUUCCGCCGCAGAUCUCUCUGCUAAGCAAGACACUUAUGGACCUCGAUCUGAAGCAGAACCAUCUCUCGGGCAGCCUGCCCGAGGAAAUCGGGCAGCUGAAAAAACUCGGGAUCGAACCCCACUUUGCGGGCUUAUCCCUUCGAGGCAACAACUUCUCAGGAUCCCUCCCAGCCUCCAUCUCCAACCUCCAGUCUCUUCAAAACCUCGACCUCAGCAACAACCAGUUCUCAGGCUCCCUCCCCCAGGGAGGAGCUUUCCUCUCAGCCCUUACAAACUUAGCUUCUCUUCAGAUUACCGACAACCGCUUCACCGGGUCGCUGCCACUCUCGUUUGCUUGCACCACCAGCAUCCUCACCAUCUCGUUGGGAUCCAACCAGUUCUGGGGAACGUUGCCGGGCAAUCUAGACAACUGCGCCAUGAUCCUUAUGGAGUUGGACGUUCUGGACGUGAGCGGCAACGGGCUGUCUUCAUCCCUCCCCUCUGCUCUCGGCUCCUUGUCAUACCUCUCCCUGCUAGACGUCAGCCGCAACGGCCUCUCCGGCCCGAUCCCACCUGAGCUCGCCCCGCCCUUCCUGCCCUUCCUCUCGCUGCUCAACGUCUCCCACAACGCCUUCUCGGGCGCCAUUCCCUUUGGCUUCAGCAACAGCAACACCACGGCCACGGCGCUCGACUUCUCACACAACAACCUCUCCGGGCAGAUCUAUCCGGGCAACCUCUCGCUGCUCCCCGCCUCCGCCUUUGCCGCCAACCCCGCCUUGUGCGGGGGAGCCGGCUACCCCGACUGCCCGGCCCCGCCAGGGCAAGCGCUGUCGACGGGGGCGGUGGUGGGGAUCGUGGUGGGGUGCGUGGCGGCGCUGGCUUUGGCGGUGGGCGGCGUGUGGUAUGCGCUGUUCUUCCAGCGCACCUCGGGGCUGGAGGGCGGCACCAUGCUCGUCUUUGAGCGCCUCGACUUCAAACUCAACAUCCGCUCCAUCCUCGAUGCUACCGACACCUUCAGCAGCAAAUUCCUCCUUGGUCGCGGCGGCUUUGGCUCUGUCUACAACAGACGGGCGGGAGGUGGCGAUAAAGCAGCUGGCUCUUACCCACCUCCAUGUUCUUUCCUUUGCCCUGCUCCCUCUCUCCCACCCCCUCGCACCUGCAGAGCAACACUAGCAGACGGGCGGGAGGUGGCGAUAAAGCAGCUAGCACAGGGAUCAUCUCAAGGGGAGCGCGAGUUUGAAGCCGAAAUGCACACACUGGGAGCAGUGCGGCACCGCAACCUGGUGGUGCUGGUGGCGGCGUACCUCUCCCGCCCGCCCUCCCAGGAGCGCCUUCUCAUCUACGACUUCCUCCCGGGCGGCUCCUUAGACGACAUCCUCGACCGCGACAUGCCCAAGGGCUCUCCCAUGCGCCGAUGGGAGAUAGUUUCCGGGAAGCUUCUCUCGGAUAAAGUCCUGUCGGAAACGGUGAUAUCUAGGUGGGUCAGUACGAACCCGCUGGAGGAGAUUGUGGACCGUCGGAUCAAGAACUGGGAGAAAUAUACGGAUGAGAUGGAGGCGGUGGUGAUGCUGGGUGUGAUGUGCACGGCUCGCUUGCCGGCAGACCGGCCUUCUAUGAUUGAGGCUUUGGAGGUACUUGAAGGGCUCAGCACGUUUGCUCUCAGCAUGAGGAAAGGGGAGAGCUGGAGAGGAGAGAGCGUGAGGGGGGAGAGCGGGAGGGGAGAGAGUUGGAGGGGGGGGAGCGGGAGGGGGGAGAGCUUAGAGGUGCGUGGGUGUGAGGAAGGAAGUGAGGGAGCCGAAGGCGAUGAGGAGGUGUCGUCAGUUUGGAGAGAGAAUGGUUCCGGUAGGAGACAGGAGGAGAAACAGGAGGAGAGACAGGAGCAGACGAAGGAGGAGAGAGAGGAGGUGAAACUGGAAGUGAGUAAAGCAGGAGAAACAGGAAGAGAGAAAGGAGGAGAGACAGGAGGAGAAUCAGAAAGGAAGGAGGAGAAACAGGAGGAGAGUAAGGAGGAGAUACAGGACGAGAAGCAGGAAGAGAAACAGGAGGAGACAGGAGGGACAAGAAGAGAGACAGGAAGAGAAACAGGAUGA